AUUACGUUUGUCAUCAAGCUGAAAUUUCAAGAAGCGUCAGUCGCACCUUAUCAACACAGCUUCGCACGCCGAAAAUGCAUCUGAGAAUUCUGAAAGUGGGCGUAUCCAGCAGCAAUGGAUCAACUAAUUCAACGCGACGAUCUGGUUCAGAACCUGGCCACACCCUCCACCUCCAUUGCACCGUGCAUUGAACUUCCAGGCCACCCAAUUCGUUCUCAAUCCAGUUCCAGGUCUGAAGGGGAGUUCAAGGAUUCUGCAACUGCUAGAAAAGUUCAGAAGGCUGACAGAGAGAAAUUAAGAAGGGGCCGUUUGAAUGAACAAUUUGUCGAGCUGGGAAACAUUUUAGAUCCCGACAGGCCCAAAAAUGACAAAGCAACCAUUUUAAUGGAUACAAUUCAGCUGCUGAAGGAUCUGACGUCUCAAGUGAACAAAUUGAAAACUGAAUAUGCUACUUUAACAGAAGAAUCAAACGAGCUAGCCCAGGAAAAGAAUGAUCUGAGAGAAGAGAAGGCGUUGCUUAAAUCUGAUAUUGAGAAUCUUAAUGCUCAGUAUCAGCAGAACCUAAGAGCUACAUACCCUUGGGCUGCCAUGGAUCACUCGGUUGUCAUGUCUCCUACCCCCUUCCCAUUUCCAGUGCCGAUGCAAAUGCCUCCAGGGCCAUUUCCCCUACAUCCAUCCUUGCAGCCUUAUACGUUCUUUGGAAAUCCAGAUCCCAGGGUAAUCACAAACCCUUGUUCCACCUUUGUCCCAUUCGUACCUCCUAAUUCCUUGACUGAGCAGCAGUCCUCUCGAAAUGCACCGCCUUUCAUUCAGUCAGGCAAUCAGUCUCAUAACUUGAGCAAGCAAAGUACCGGGAGCAAGUCCUCAAGUGAAAGCAAGAUUGAGAAAAGUGUAGAUUCCAAUGAAGUUGCUACUUACCUGGAGUUGAAAACUCCUGGAUCUUCUACAGAUCAGGAUACAUCGUUUGAACAAACAAACAGUAAGAACAGACAGGAAAAUAAUCUAUCAGCAGAGAGUUCCUUAAGUAGAUGUUCUUCAUCUUGUAGUUUAGAGCCCAAUUCGUUUAGUAGCACGCCAAAAUGAACGAAAAUCUACUGAUAUAUGUGGAAAGCCAUAAAAGUUGCAGGUUCACCCAAAUUAGUCCCCGAAUUUUAUUUUCGAUGGUCUAUAACUUACUAAAAUACUUCUCAGUGCUUUUCUAUUUAUCUGCAAAUAAGGUGGAUCAUCUUCAAUGCAAUGUAAAGGGCCUUCACAAAAUUAAAAGUAUUUUGGGAUUGUGAACUAUUAUAUUCUUACCUUACCUCCUUUAUGACGUCCUCAAAGUUGCAGCAGUCAUUUAAUCCGUGUUCAUCUUAUGUACUUGGACAUGGCUGUGGAUGUGCAAGCAAUAAGGUAAUGGUUCUAGGGUUGUCUUGCUGCAAAAAUCCCACACUGAGAAACUAGCUAAAGCACUCUACAGAUGGUUGGUCCAUUCGUCUGAAUACUUUUCGUUUUCCUGAUGCUAAAAUUCCCAGGUUAUGUCAUUGUUGAUGUAUGACAGACAAUGUGACAGAGAUAUCUGGUCUCAAAAACCAUGUGGAAAUGACUCUGAGAGCAUGUAGAUGUGAAAUAUACAUGCAUGAUAUUCUGGGAUAUUAUGUCAAAAUUUUGAAUCAAGAGACUGUGACUUGUCGUUCAUGCUUGAUCGAUUGGGACAUGAUCGAAUGGGAGCAAUCGCACCAUCAUUGGCUGUAAGGCCAAGAAGGUGAAAAUAAUUGUGAGGAAAGAAUGAAAGGACAUGAAUGCUGAAGGAGAAUGUGGGGGAGAGGCCAUUAAUGCUGAUAUUAUCCAGAAAUCUGAAGGUCUUGAAUGAAAGGUGGAAAAGCAUCCAUAUUAUGAGUGCCCAAAGACAGAUUGCUUUGUCUGCUGCUUGUGAAAAUCUAGAUAUGUUUAAACUUGUUCAUAGGAUAUUGGUGAAGUAGAAGAGUGCAAGGGAGUUGGAGCUUUCUACUGGCCUUAGAAAUUUCUUAGAGUGAUGUUGAGUUAAAGUUUACUUUUGAUUUUUUGGUCAUAAUCUAAGAGCGUUGUCUAAAGAUUUAAAGAGAAAUGAGUUUUAAUAUAAUCCAAUUUUUUUAAAAAA